AUUGUCAAAAAGGGAAAAGUAUUGUAAACAGAAAAUUUAAUUAAAAUUUUAAUUAAAAUUAGAAAUGUCUAGCCGUAAUCCUAAUACGCUAAUGAGCGUCCCGGACGAGCAGUUUGAUUACUUGUUUAAAAUCGUACUUAUUGGUGAUUGCGGAACAGGUAAAACAUGCAUUGUUCAGCGACUGAAGUCAGGAAAUUUCAUAGAAAGGCAUGGGAAUACAAUAGGCGUCGAUUUUUCAAUGAAAACGCUCAUUGUGGACGGAAAGAAAGUCAAGCUUCAAAUAUGGGAUACUGCAGGCCAGGAAAGAUUUAGAACCAUCACACAGAGUUAUUAUCGCUCAGCAAACGGCGUAAUUAUCGUUUAUGACAUCACCAAACGGUCAACGUUCUUAUCUCUGCAAAAAUGGAUAGAGGAAGUACGAAGGUACACAUCGUCCAAUGUCAUUGUAUCUCUAAUUGGCAACAAGUGUGACUUAACCGAACAACGAGAGGUAGAGCCCGAUGAGCCGAAAUCAUUUUGUCGAUAUGUGCCUGAGAUUAUGUUCGUCAUGGAGACAUCGGCUAAGGACAACACUAACGUUGAGGACACUUUCCGCAGUCUGGCUACUGAAUUGAAGAGACAACACGACAACAGCGAAGGUCCGCCAGCCGAGUCGGACUCCGUGGUGCUCGGCGAAAGCCACGCCGUGAGUAGGUGCACGCCUUGCCGCUCAUCCUAACUCGCUCACUUUAGAACUGACCAAUAGGAUAUAUGCAUGUUUUAUUUGUAUGAUAAUAAUUCUUGAUGUAAUUAAUAGUCAUCCGAUUUAAUUUUUUUGGUAAGAAAUGCAUAGAUCUCUAUGUUUACUACUAGACAUUCUGUGCCAAAGCGCAAUAUUAUGUAGCUCUUAAAUGGUCAAUUACCCCAAAAGUCCUUUAGUCGAUUGUUAACUAGUUAUCGUAGAAUUUGGGGACACAUCAAAUCCUCGUCGACUAAGAAACAAACGACUAAUCGAGAAUCGAGAUGUGUAAGCCUAGGAUGCGCCACGAUAAACUUUUAUC